GCAUUUCCACUCCAGUCUUGCGAAUGGCCAAUGAAGCUGUCAGUUAGCUCAGGCAACUGCUCGUCUCCUUCCCGUACUCCCCACCUGGGAUGAAAUGUGAUGUUGGGGUGAAUUAAACAUUCGGUGUAAUUAAUGUAAACGUGGUGUUUGAGAUUUGAACUUUUUGAAAAAAAACGGUCAAUAUGCCGGUCCAUUCUAGGGAUAAGAAAGAGAACAGUCACGAAGACAUGGAUGUUGACUUCCCAGAGAAUGAGGGCAGCAGCUCAGAUGAUGAGGACACAGAGAGUUCCUCGGUCUCGGAAGAUGGGGACAGCUCAGAAAUGGACGAUGAAGACUGUGAAAGGAGGAGAACAGAGUGUCUAGAUGAGAUGUCCAAUUUGGAGAAACAGUUUACAGAUUUAAAAGAACAGUUAUAUAGGGAAAGAUUAAGUCAAGUGGAAGCAAAACUUGAGGAAGUUAUAGCAGGAAAGGCUCCUGAAUAUUUGGAACCAUUAGCAGCUCUACAAGAGAAUAUGCAAAUUCGAACAAAGGUUGCAGGUAUCUAUAGAGAACUCUGUUUGAAGACUGUAAAGAACCAGUAUGAGUGUGAAGUCCAGGCAGCAUUCCAACACUGGGAGAGUGAAAAGCUCCUUCUAUAUGAUACUGUACAAAGUGAACUGGAGGAGAGAAUUCGGCGCCUUGAGGAAGACCGGCACAGCAUUGACAUUACUUCAGAGCUCUGGAAUGAUGAACUACAAUCCAGAAAAAAUAAGAGGAAAGACCCAUUUAGUCCAGACAAAAAGAAAAAGCCAGUGGUUGUCUCUGGUCCUUAUGUAGUUUACAUGUUACAAGACCUUGAUAUACUGGAAGACUGGACAACUAUUAGAAAAGCAAUGGCUACACUUGGACCACACAGAGUUAAGGCAGAUGCAUCUACCAAGACAGAGAAACAACUUCACAGCGCCAGAUCAGAAGAUGGCAGGUUAUUUUAUGAUGGGGAGUGGUACAGCCGUGGGCAGACUAUAUGUAUUGACAAGAAAGAUGACUUUCCUAUAAGUGCCACAAUAACAACUAUCAACAAUGAUGAAGUAUGGUUUAAGAGGACAGACAACAGCAAAUCAAAACUUUACAUUUCUCAACUGCAGAAAGGAAAAUAUACCAUCAAACAUAUGUAGUUUCAUAGUGCUAAUAUAGUGUUUUUGUAUAAAUUUUUUGUAUUGUCUCCAAUAAUGAAGGUGCUGUGACAUCUGAAUUAUAAUUAAUGAAAUACAGUUAAUUCCAUUUGCAAAAAUAUUUGGUCCUUAAACAUCUCAGAGAUAGCAAGGACUGCAGAUGCUGGAGUCAGAGACAACAGUGUGGAGCUGGAGGAAUGCAGCAGGCCAGGCAGCAUCAGAAGAGGAAAAAGAAGAGGUUCAGGGCAGAGGAGAUUACCAGAGGGUUGCAUUGGGAGAGAGAUCCACUGAGGUCUUUUCGGAGGGAGGAGGACAUCUUCGUUGAGGUGGGCAUUCUCUGCUGCCUGGCUUGCUGUGUUCCUCCAGCUCCCACACUUUUUCGUCUCUUGAUUCUUAAACAUGCCCAGUUUACUUGGUGAGGAAGAGUUACUUGAGAAUGAAAUACUUUAUAUAUAGUCACUACCAGUGUUUUUUUUUUCAUUUUUUCAUUUCAGUAGACCAGGAUUUGUAUUUGUUUAUUAUCAUUGUGUACACUUAAACUAUUCCCCCCCCCUUGUCUGUUUGUACAAAUGAAAGGAUUUAUUUUGUCAAAUCUGUAUUGUCUGCUUUAAGGAACUUGCUUUACGCUAUACCAGAGGCAAAUAAGCUACCUAUACUGUGUACACUUGUAUUGCUUCUGAGUUUGAGACCCCCAGCAGUGCAAAACUCUAUCUUGUCCCUCCUGUUACAGUUCAACCACUGAACAUUGGACACCACCAUAUCCAUACGAAUGUAAUACCCAGUGGUACCUGAUGAAAAAUCUGAUGGUACUUGAAAGUUUUCAAUCAAUAAUCCAGCCCUUUAUGCCAGUGUCCAACACAUGGUUGUUGCAUUGGAAUGGACCAAACAGAAUGGAAUAAAUGUGAAAACGCUGCAAUGUUAACAGUUGGCCUAAUGUGUAAAAUAUUAAAUUAUAGAGCCAUAUUUGUUUUUACUUUCCGAAUUUCAAGUUUAUCAAACAAAGACACAAAUAGAUCACGGUGCUGUCAUCCAAUUAUCUGUACCAGUUACUGACUUUUUAGAACGUUAUAAGAAAUGACUUUUGAAAGUGCGCAGUUUGUUGGUAAAUACAUUAGUCAGUUGUUUAUGUUCUCGAACAGUUUUGUGAUUAUAUUUGUGAAAUCUAAUUUGAACAAAUUGGACUGAAUUUGCUGAGCAUGACCGGUCUCUCUUUUAUAUAAGGGCAGCGAAAUUGAAUUAAGUACUUAUUUUGGAGUGUGGUUUUGUGCAAACUGGAACCUUUUUUGUAAAUCAAUGUGCAGUAUAUUCUGAUUAACCUUAAUGAAAACAGUUAUGUAAUUCUACUGAUCAGUCUUUCUGCUACACCUGCUAAAUUUAGAGAAUUUCCUGACAUUUGAUGUAUUGGCUACUGCAUGUAAAUGAAAUAUGACAGUUAGUAAGGUCUAAUUAAGUUUUUCACCCUUAGGCAUAUGCCAAUCAUUUGGUGCCAGAAUAAUCUCUGGUACGAUCACAAAGCCCUGCUGUUAUACACGUACCUUGGUUAUUGAGGAAUUUUACAUUUUCUUUGAGCCUACGUGUAAAAUGAGUGUACAAUUGUCAGCACAAUAUUGUAAUACACUUCAAUUGUCACCUCAUUUUCUCUCAGUAUGGUGUGGUCUCACUGGUUUGAGAAGCAUCUACAUAUGGAUUGUCUGGAAAAUUGAUUCCUGUGUGUAGACCUAUCAUGAAUUUACAGUCUGUGUGCAAUGUGAACAAAAAUGAUGGACGUUGGUUAUUUUUGCAUGAAAAUGGAAUUUUAAAAACUGCAAAUGGGUCAUGAAUAAACUUUGUUAUACAAGUUAUGUUUAUUACCAUGUUAAUAAAAACCCUUUUUAGUGUU